UGUCACUUUGACAGUAAACAACAAUCGAUUGCGAAGAGUAGACGUUGGUUUGGUGCUGGAAAAAAUUGUUGUUUCGUAAAACUGCUUUGUGAAAUUGCUUUUACUCAAGAAAGUUUCUUGUGGAUUUGCAAUACUACUUCGAAAUGGGUCGUGGUAGUAAGAUUAAACAUAUUGAAAAGAACGGAUAUUCUGAAUUUAAACAGGUCCUUGUGCAAGUUGACGAAAAGGAAAAGCCCAACACUGUUGAAAAAGCUGAGAUUUCUGAAAACUCCAAAUCUUCCAAUUCAAAAAAGACACCUGACUCGCCUAAAGUUUCCAGCAUGCUCAAAACAUCUGACACUUCCCAGAGAUUUGAGCCUGCCGAAACAUCUGAGACAAAUAAAAAGUUUGAGAUGCAAAAUAAACCUGAGACGUCCAAAUCGUUGAUGAGUUCCAACAUAUCUGAGUCUGAAACGCCCAAAGAAUUUGAGGCGUCUGAGGGGCUUGAUCAAGCUGAGACAACAUGGAUAGAAAUAACUAAGAAGCCUAAGAAAUCCCAAAAGAACGAGAUGAAUAGAGGUCCCGAAAGGAACAAAGGGUUUCAGAGGAACGAAAAUCAAAAUAGGCAUCAGACACCCAAAAAAUUUGGAACACCCAACAAAUCUGACAGGUCUCGCGUCGCAAAUCGGAAAUCUGAGACAUCUAAGAAUUAUGAUAGGAGGUCUGAUAGAUCCGAAUCAUUUCAAAGGCAUGAGAAAUACGAAACUCUUCAGCGGCCAGAGGCGCUUGAGACAGCGAAAACAACCCAGACGUUUGAUUUGUUGAAAGAGCCUAAUUGUUUGGAGACGGAUAAGAUGUCCGAAAAGUCCGAGAUGCACAGGACAUUUGAAAAGUCCGGGACGCUUAAGGAUCCUGAUAAGUCUGAGACAUUUAAAAGCCCUGAGAGAUCUGAGACAAUUAAUGAACCCAAUAAAUAUGAAAAGCCUAAAGGCUCCGAGGUUUUCGAGAUGCCUAAAGGGGUCGAGAAAUCUGAAACGCUUAAUAAGCCUGAGAGGUCCGUGAGACCGAAGAUGCUUGAAAGGUCAGAGACACUUAAUGUACCUGACAUUUCUAAGACCGUAAAGGAGCUUGAGGUGCCCGAAAGCUUAGAGGCCUUUAAAGAGCCCGCGAUGUCCAAAAAGCUUGAGAGGUCUGACACGCUUAAGGGAUCCGAAAGUUCCAAGGCGCUUAAAGAACCUGCGAUGUCGAAGAAGAUUGAGGAGUCCGAAACGCUGAAGAAGCCGGAGAGGUCCGACACGCUUAACGGGCCCGAAAGUUCCGAGGCUCUUAAAGAAGUCACGAUGUCGAAGAAGCUUGAGAGGUCCGAUAAUUUAGAGGAGUUUAAAGAACCCGCGAUUUCCGCGGAACUUAAGAACUACGAUAGCCCAGGACCACCGAACGAAGAUAAGAAGACUGAGACGCCGAAAGAAAAUGAUAAGUUCCAGAUUACAAAGAGACCCGAGAAGAGUGAAACGCACGGAAAGAUCGAGAAUUCCAACAUAAAUGAAAAUUCUACAAGAACACAAGAUUCGAAGCUCAACUCGGCCGAAAAACUAGAAAAAUGUGAAAAGCUACCUGAUCUAUUAGUAAAGACUGAAACACCAAAGAAGAUCGAAGAUGUCGUUGAAAAAUUUGAAAAUGGGAAAAAGGAUCUUGAAAAUCUUGAUAUAUGUGUAAUCCGAGAGGCACCAGAUGUUCUAAAGGCUGCUGUAGAGGAAAUAAAGCAUCCAUUAGAACACACGUGGGGUAUGUGGCUGUUUACUAACAACAAUAAAAAAAACUGGGAGGACAAUCAGGUGAAGUUGACGUCAUUUGACACAGUCGAGGAUUAUUGGUGUUUAUACCACCACAUGAAACCACCUUCGGAUCUGGGUAUCGGCAAGGACUAUGCAGUGUUCAAGGAGGACUUCCGUCCGAUGUGGGAGGAUCCUGCCAACAGGAAUGGUGGCCGGUGGGUCGUCACCUUUGAAAAGAGACGUGAUAACUCUGAGCUUGAUAACAUCUGGAUGCUUAUGGUGCUUUUGGUGAUUGGUGAAAAUGUCUCAGUUUCUGACGCGAUAUGCGGGGUUAUUGUAAAUGUACGAGCCAAAAGCAGAAUCGCUGUUUGGUUAUCCGACUUCAAAAACGAAGAGGCUGUCAUAAAAGUAGGAAAAACAAUUAGGGACGCGUUACGACUUCACGGCCGACUCACCUUUCAGCGACACAACACGAAUCACAACUUACACACAUUGUAAUGAAUACCUAGCUGUAGACUAACUGUUAUCUCAAUUGCUCAGAGUGCCUAGUGGCAGUUUUCAAUGUUUUCAUACUGUGAACAUCGCGUAACCGUAAACCAUUGACCUCUUAUACUAAAAGGACGCAGAAUGUAGAAAAUUUCACUUAAAAACUGGCCAAUUUUGUUUUACAAAUAAUUCUAAAACUGUUUUUACAAUUAUUUGUAAAGAAAAUUAUACUUUAAUUAAAUACAUAUAGUCCAAUAUUCAAUAAAAUCCCAAAUUCAGAGCAAAUACAACCUUAAGGAUUGAGUUUAAGGUUGAAUUUGCAAAUGCGACUACUUGAAUUGAGUGCCAAGAUGUUGUGUUUGGCACUCAUUGAGUGUGAACGUUUUUUGGUUGCUGAUUGUGCAUCCACUUUUUAAUAGGAGGUCGAUGCCGUGAACGCGAAUUUCUAAGGAAUUGAAACAGCGCCAUCUAGUGGCACUGCUGCACAACUGUUUCAAUUCCUUUGAAAUUCGCGUUUACGGUUACGCGAUAGUCACAGUAUGAAAACAUUGAAACUGCCACUAGGCACACAGUAUGUUAUGUGUGUGAUAAUUUUUCUUGUGCAGUGGCGUAGUGUUGUGGGGGCAGCUACCCCGGGGCAUAUAAAAGGGGGCAAGUGAUUUUGUCAAUUGAAUAAAAAUUUUAUAAAAUGUGCCCGCCUCAUAAAAGUUAUUACACAAAAUGUAACACAAAAAUAGCAAUGCCUUUUCAAAGCCUGCACUAAUGUUGGCUUGGACGUUUAUUCAUAUAGAUGUGUGCUCAUUCCGAAGCACUUCUAUCUAAAUUUUCAAUAAGUUGUAUAUCAGGUAUAAUGUAUUUUUAGAAUUUAAAUUAUCGUGAGUGUUAUUCAUAUUAAUUUAUUAUGAAACACGGCUAAAACUCACGUGAUACAACGUCGGAGUAUGCAAGAUCCAGCUCAUGACUAAGGGCCCCGUGUGGGUUCGAAACUAGUCGGGGCACACUCGGAAGUUGUAUCACGUGAAUUUUAAUCGUGUUUCAUAAAUAAUUAAUAUAUCAGAUGUUUAAUAAAAUAUUUAACUUCAAAAUAUAAUUAAAUUGGGGGUAGGGGGACAAAAAUUCACGCUACGCCACUGCAUUGGUGUAUGUAAAUAAUUUUAACCUGGCUUUGUAAUCUACAUCUUUUAUGAAUUUAACUGAAAAUUAAUUUUGCAUUAAUUCAUAGACACUGUAAAGCCAGUGUGAACGGUAGGCGACAGGUUAAAAUAUUUUACCUAUAAAACAGUAGAACCAUUUCCUAUUUUUUGUAUAAUUUUGUUUUUAUUUAAAAGGCCACAUACAUUAAAGGUACUUAUUACAUAAUAUUAAUAUUGAUGUGCAGCGUUGGAGAGCUCAGACCAAUUACCAUAGAAAGAUAAAGAUAAGAUAAAUAUACUUUAUUUGCACACCACAGAGACAAAAACAAGUGAAAUAAAAAACAAAUUAGGAAGAGAUCAGCAUACAAAAGGCGGCCUUAUCGCUAAAUAACGAUUUCUUCCAGGAAAACUUAAGGACAUCAGCAGGUCUUUUGACAGAGAUUAACGUCUAGCAAGGCAUAGAACCUGCCUUGCUAGACGUUAAUCUCUGUCAAAAGUAUAUGAUCACGAUCUAAUAUGUUUAUACAAACUGUGUCUAUAGAUUUUUUUCAAUUUUGAUGGUCAAUUUGAUUGUGAUACAAGUCCAAUGGUAAUUGGUCUGAGUUGGAGAGUCACCACAGAGUUACAUACAGAUUUGACUUUUUAAUAGCGCUUGUAAAUAGAAAAGUGGUAGAACUUAUUGUGACAGAGCUUGCCUUGGAAAGACUACUGUCAUGCUUAUGCCUGCUACCAAGUCAGCAUUGCUGUGUUCCGGCGUAAAGGAUGCUAGUGUAAUAUAGGCCCAUGAGGAUUACCACCUACGCCGGUUCAGUGGCGUGCACAGAGUUUGAAACUAGGAUAAGCUCAAUACGUUAAAAUUGUACAAAAUGUACAAUUCCACUAAUGCUGUAAGGAGUAAGUUAAAUGUCUGUAAGGAAUCUUCAGGGUAGGCAGUGCUCUUAUGCAUCUAAGAAGUGCAUACCACUUGCUUAGGUUGAUGGAUACAGGUCAGCAAUUCGUAGGACGUGUUCCUUGCAUGCCCUGCGAAUUGUCUAAGAUCUGUAUUAGAAACGACCUUCACCCAUCUGCUUAAUGGAUGAAAAGUGUUUUAUAUUAAAUUUAUCAAAUAUAUUGCGAGUUUGUCUCAAAACUCCUGGCCAAACUAUCAUUAAUAAUCGUUAAUAAUAAUAUGGUCAGGAAUUUUUUAGGCAACCUACGCAAUAUAUUUUUUAACGUACCUACUAAACUUUAUAUAUAACACUGUUCAUCCAUUAAACAGAUGGGUGAAGGUCGUUUCUAAUUCGAAUCUUCUAUUAGAAGUGUCACUUUGUUAAUAGGCGAUAGCUUUCAAAUUACUAUCAGAUGAGUCAUCUGCUUGGUCAAUUAUAAAUAUAAAAAAAUAUUUCGAAUAUUGAGUUUAGAAUGUUAUUUUUACUUUGUCUCCUGACACUUUUGUAUGUAAACUUGGUUCUGCUGUCAUUUAAUAUAAAUGUAAGGUGCCAUUAAAAAGGGAUUUAAAGACUUACCUAUUAUACUUAGUAUUGAAUUAUUAAUUUAAGAGUUAAAUAAUUCCAUUAGUUAGUAAGAAUAAAAACUUUAUUUAUCUAAUUCAUUAAACAUUUAAGAAGACAAAACACUGAAUGAUCAAUAGAAGAUACACUUAACAUUUGCUCAAUUUUGUAAAUAUAUUCAGAGGCACAAUUAUCCGCCCAUUUUAGUAUACUAAUAUAGCGGAUAAUUGUGCCUCUUAGUAUGUAUUCUAAGGUUGUCUCCAGUUGUUAGAGUAUCAUUCCAAUUAAAAUAAUAAGUUUUCUAAUAAUAUUAUAUUUGGUAAUGUUUAGCUUAAAAAUGUCACCUAAAAGUAACAAACUUUUUCUAUGACAAGCCAGAGAAAACAAUGUAAUUAGAAUUUCAAUUACAUUUUUUAACAACAGAUUCUGAAACUCUUAAAAAAAUAUAUGAUUUAAAAAUACAUAAUAUAUACAAAAAAAAUUGAAAGCAGUAUUUUCUAUGAUAUUUACAUAUAAAUGUAUAUUAUACUUUAGUGUAGCUUCUAUUGAAUUAACUAUAAUAAAUACUAUAUUGUAUGUUGUUAUAAUUAUAGUAAUUGUUGUUGUAAUUUAUAAAAUAGUGCAAGUUCUAGAACUGGUCUGGUUUCUGAUUUCAGUCUCUACCCGUUGUUCUACCUUGUGUACGGAUUCCUCGGCUGUUUCUAUUCCUUUGUGUACGUUUUCUGGAACAAUUUAAAUUUUUUUUUAAAUUGUUUUUAUUUUAAACCAGCCAACAAGUAUUUUUUUAACCAACUUCAAAAAAAGGAAGAAGUUAUCAAUAUGAGUCUCUUUUUUUUUCUUUAUUACUCGAAGACGUCUGGACCAAUUUGAAUAAUUCAUUUUUCGUUUGAAAAGGUAUACUAGGUAUAAUCCUGAGGUGGUCCCAUUUUCAUUAUUAAAUUAACUUGUUGGAUAACUCUGACGUAAUAGUCAGGAAUACCUAGAACAUUAUGUACACCUGAUUACAAACAAGCUAAUUUUUCGUGAGUAAAUCGAAAAUUCUUGAUUCUGGUAGCUAACUGAGUUAUCAGGAAAUGAAAAUUUCAGAGCGUCGGAACGAGAUGAUGUAGCACGCAAUUUGUAGGACAUUGUGGCUGUUAAGUUGUAUAACAAUUAAUUAGUAACAACUUUUGCAAUCAGGUGUACAAAAUGUUCUAGGGAUCCCUGACUAUAACUCCAACAGACCAAAAAAUUUUUGGUUUCAUUUUAAACUUUCGUGUCAGAUGGAAUAUGAAAAAUGCUGAUAUACUCGGAAUUCGCUGAAUCGAUCUUUAGUUGGCUAAGAAACUUUUCCAAAAAUCGGCUUUCCAUUUGAAGGAACUGCUUCCAAAUCAUCCCCUCCGUUAGGGAGGUAGAAUGUCAUACAGUAGGUAUAAUUUUAAACACCUUUUAGCUUGGGGGUUGAAAAUAGUGCAUUCUCAGGUCUGAAAUAAUUGACGACUGUUAAACCUUCUGAGGAAAAUUAUCCACUAUCUGAUUUCUCUUAAAGAUAACCUACAAUUUUUUUAAAGAAACUUUUUUUUGAAAGCGCUGUUGAUGACGCUAUUUUGUUAUUACUUAUGAGAAUAUAUUUUUUUGUUUCUUUUAUAAUUUUUUAAUUCCUUAGUUGAUAUUUAAGUUGUUUUUGUUUUGAGAAAUACUUUUUAUUUUUUUAUUAAUUAUGAUCAUUACAAAUGUGUUCAAGACACUGCAGUGUAUUUUAUAAUGUCUUGGUUUACGACUUGGCUCAGGACUUGCCUGGUGAGUGGCUUCGGCCGUGGCUAGUGACCGGUAAAGACAUGCUUUAGUACGCAAGCGUUUCUGUACGAUGCCGUGUAGAGAACACAACAUACGGUAAUAACAAGUCCACUCAUUUCAUCGUCGUAAAAUGUUAAAUUGUUGAUUAAUCAAAUGUCUCAAAUACUUACUGUAUUUCAUUAGACGUAAAUUGUAAUUUAAAAAAAUUGUGUAUGUAAAACGCUCGAUAAAAUCGGGUAUAUUUUGUAGUUAUGGAUAUAGCUAGUGACUUUAAAAGUAAAUGUUAGUUUUCUACAAUUAUAUUAGUGUCAAUUUCGCAAACAUUCCUAUCGAGCGAUGUUGAACGACCAAUGAGAUUGUAGACGUGUAAAAUCACGUCAUCACGCAAUUAUGUGAUUGGCUGAUCGCUCCGCUGUCUACGGCUAAGGGCCGGCGUAUAUCUUGCGAACGGCAAAGUAGUAGUUUAUACAGAAAAUGUAUGUCAAGUUUUUCGGGUAUUAGUAGUCGUGUAAAUUAAUUUUGUACUUUGAUUUAAGAUCAGUAGUUGAAAAAUAGCAAGUUAUUAUCAAAGAGACAGGAAGAACAUUUGUCUUAUGCUUUUUAAAAGUUAAAAUGACAUUAGAAUAACAACCUUUAAAUUAACACACAAAGAAAUAAAUAUAUAUUAAUAAUUAAAUUAAAAUAAAUUAAACUAAGAAUUAACAGUAUUAAAUUUACCUACAUAACCUAUAUUAAAUUUAUAAUUAAUAAAAUACAUAAAUAAGGAAUACACGCAAUCUAAUUGUUCACCCAUUUGUAUUUUCACCCAUUUAGUAACAACUGCUACGCUGCGCCGCAUAUGCGCCGGCCUUUAUAGCAACUAGCAAUAAGUAACUGUGCCUUAAACUAUUUUUCUACUCCAUAGAUGCGAGUAUCGAGGAAAAAGUGGGUAGAAAAUUAUUAUUUUUUCAAUAUUUUUCUAACUUCUUUAACCCGUACAUCUAAUACGGACUUGUAUGUUUAAAAUAAUAUAAAUGUAUUACCUUUUCUAAGCGUUUUAUAUGUGAUGCCAAAAAAUAGGUGUUUAUUAAAAAAUAUGUGAUUA